UUUAGAAUCGACUCGGUGCUGCAGGGGAGCGGAGAGAUGGACUUCCGAUGUCAGUCGAGCGAUUCUUAAAGGGUGUUGAUGGAGAGGACUUCGAAUGACAGCCGGAACAGUGGUCAUCACAGGUGGAAUCAUAGCAGCAGUCAUCUUACUCACUAUUGUUACAGUGUUAUGUUACUGUAGGCUGCAGUAUUACUGUUGUAAGAGGCAGGAGUCAGAUGGUGAGGAGGAGGAGUCGGACUUCACCACUACAUUACCCAGUCCUCCCUAUAAGCCAAGCCCCUCUAGUCCUCCGUGUCCAAUGAGCAGCCGCCCUGCCUUGCGAUACUCCUCCUCCAACCAGUUCCUCAUGACCGCUGAGCCUUACGAUCCAAACGGACAGGCCGUCCACCGCCGCUGCAGCCCCGCGCCGCCUCGCCGGCGGGUCCUCUCCUACACCUUCUGUCCCUCCUGCUCUGGCUACCUGCCCUUCUACUUGCACGCCCAGGAGGAGCUGGACAACAGCGGGGGAGUGGUCAGUUACAGGAGCAUGCAGCAGCAAGAGCUGGACCUGCCUGUGGACAUGCCCAACUUUAACAAGUUCAGCCUCGUCCAGUCUGUCACCACGAGGGAGGAGCUGACGCACCACAGCGUCAGCACUGAUGUGUAG